UGCGCGGGGCUGCCGGGAUUCGGGCGCUGUGGUCUGCACUCUCCGGAGGUGGCUCCUCGGUGAGGCCGGGCUCGGCUCUGCGGAACAUGCCCUCGCCGCGCGCCCUGCCCCGCUAGCAGCUCCCGGCUUCCCGCCGCGCAGCCCCGCAGCCCUGCGCGCCGCGCCCCGCCGCAGCCAUGGGGCUACAGCCCCUGGAGUUCAGCGACUGCUACCUCGACAGCCCGUGGUUCCGGGAGAGGAUUCGCGCGCACGAAGCGGAGCUCGAGAGGACCAACAAGUUCAUCAAAGAGCUCAUCAAGGACGGGAAGAACCUCAUCGCGGCCACCAAAAGUCUUUCAGCAGCCCAGCGGAAGUUUGCUCACUCCCUCCGAGACUUUAAAUUUGAGUUUAUCGGUGAUGCUGAGACAGAUGAUGAGCGCUGCAUAGAUGCUUCCUUACGGGAAUUUUCGAACUUUCUGAAGAACCUAGAAGAACAGAGAGAAAUUAUGGCAUUAAGUGUAACUGAAACCCUGAUUAAACCCUUGGAAAAAUUCAGAAAAGAACAACUUGGAGCUGUAAAGGAAGAAAAAAAGAAGUUUGACAAAGAAACAGAAAAGAAUUACAGUUUAAUUGACAAACAUUUGAAUCUGUCAGCCAAAAAGAAAGAUUCACAUUUGCAAGAGGCAGAUCUCCAAGUGGAGCAGAAUCGGCAGCACUUCUAUGAACUGUCUCUUGAAUAUGUAUGUAAGCUUCAGGAAAUCCAAGAAAGAAAGAAGUUUGAGUUUGUGGAACCUAUGCUGUCAUUUUUUCAGGGAAUGUUUACUUUCUAUCAUCAGGGUCAUGAACUUUCCAAAGACUUCAAUCACUACAAAAUGGAACUACAGAUCAAUAUUCAGAAUACUCGGAAUCGAUUUGAGGGAACCAGGUCAGAAGUGGAGGAACUUAUGAACAAAAUCAGACAGAAUCCCAAGGACCAUAAGCGAGCAAGCCAGUUUACAGCAGAAGGCUACUUGUAUGUGCAGGAAAAAAGGCCUGCUCCAUUUGGGUCCAGCUGGGUCAAACACUACUGCAUGUAUCGGAAAACAGCCAAGAAGUUCAAUAUGAUCCCAUUUGAACAUAGAUCUGGGGGAAAACUGGGAGACGGAGAGGUGUUCUUUUUGAAAGAAUGCACCAAAAGGCACGCUGACUCCAUUGACAGAAGGUUUUGCUUUGACAUUGAAGCUGCUGACAGGCCUGGCAUUCCUUUGACUGUGCAGGCGUUUUCCGAAGAGGAAAGGAAGCAGUGGUUGGAAGCUCUGGGUGGAAAAGAAGCUCUGUUCCAUAGUUUUAAUAGAGCCAUCAUCCCAAGAGCAGAAGGAGGUGCACAGUUGGAUAAGAUGGGAUUCACAGUUCUCAGAAAGUGCAUCAGUGCUGUUGAAACACGAGAUGUAAAAACAUGCAAUGAGCUGGACCUGGAGAAUUCUGUAGAUUGGGAAGUGAAGACAAUAACAAGUGCCCUGAAACAGUAUUUGAGGAGUCUUCCAGAGCCUCUCAUGACUUAUGAGCUACAUGGAGACUUCAUUGUUCCAGCCAAAAGUGGCAGCCCUGAAUCUCGUGUUAAUGCCAUCCAUUUUUUGGUGCACAAACUGCCAGAGAAAAACAAGGAGAUGUUGGACAUUUUGGUGAAACAUCUAACAAAUGUGUCAAAUCACUCCAAGCAGAAUCUAAUGACUGUGGCAAAUUUAGGAGUGGUGUUUGGGCCAACUCUGAUGAGGCCACAGGAAGAAACUGUCGCUGCCAUCAUGGAUUUGAAGUUUCAGAAUAUUGUUGUAGAAAUCUUAAUUGAAAACCACGAAAAGAUUUUUGGGAGCUUGCCUGAUACUUCAUUCCCUGAGCCCACCUGCCUGUCAGUGUCACCCCCAAAUGCUCCACCACGGCAGUCAAAGAGACAAGGACAGAGGACGAAGAGACCUGUGGCUGUGUAUAAUCUUUGUCUUGAGCUGGAAGAUGGUGAUAAUCCCAACCCUCUCAAGGAGGACACCCCGACCAGCAGUCAAGACUCACUUUCCUCUCCAUCUCCCACGACUUCAGCUGCCCAUGGGCCUCCUAGACCAGACAAAAAUCACCUUUUGGCAGAUGGCGGGAGCUGUGGGGACUGGGCAUCUGCUAUGCCAAGCCAGACCCGACCAUCUAUGGUGCAGUGGCUAAACCUGCAGUCUCCAACCACACCAAGUUCCAGCCCAGCCCUUACACCUCCUUCACCCAGGUCAUCACCAUUCCCCCUCUCUCCUGCUGCCUCCAUUGUGGACAAGCUGCCAGAAUGCGUUAUCAAUCGCAAGGCCCGCGCAGUGUACCCAUGUGAGGCAGAACACAGCUCGGAAUUAUCCUUUGAAAUAGGAGCAAUUUUCGAGGAUGUUCAAACUUCGAGGGAACCUGGCUGGCUGGAAGGGACCCUGAAUGGCAAGAGAGGGCUGAUUCCACAGAAUUACGUCAAGCUGCUGUAGCUCCUGGCCUCAGAGGGCCCCUGCUCAUCCUGGCACCUGUGCACCGCCUGGGGGCAGCACCCACAUGCCAUAGCCACGCUCAGGAACUUCAGAUCACCAUGGGCACUCCAGGGCUGGGGAGGAGGGUGGAACGCACGGCACAGGACAGGGCAGAUGUGUGCAUGAGGAGAGCGUGGCCAGUGUGGACGAAUGGAUUCUUGUCUGGCAGGCAUUGGGACUUGUGGUUUUUGAUUAUCCAGCCUGUGAAACAGAGGGAGGGCAGCCCUCACCAGCAGCCGCACCACCAGACUGACCUGGGAGGAUCCUGCUCUGCAUGUACCUGCUCUUGGGUUUUAAAGGGAACUGUACUGCUCCUGCACUGUGUGUGCAGGGCAUGUGUGGCCCUGGUAGCUGAGGUGUGCAGAGGACUGCUGUUGUGCAGGGGAGUUGGUCAACCUGGAGGGAAGCAGAGAGAAGCUUUUUCCAUGUCUCCCCAUCCCGCUUGGCCUGCUCACGGCAGCUGCACUGAGUUCAUACAUAUGCUUACCACAGCCUUCUCCAGGUGCUCCUCACCUGGACGCUGUUUGCCCUGUGCCACCUUGUUACCCCAGAGCCCCUCUGUAAAUGAAAUAAAAUGUAAUUUACUA